GACCUGGGUACACAAGUGGCCUGGCAGAGCUGCGGGUGGGCGACCGGGCCAUGAACCUAGGAGAUGGCUUAAAGCUUGAAACUGAAUUACUGGAUGGAAAAACCAAGCUGAUACUGUCUCCAUAUGAACAUAAAUCAAAAGUUUCUGUGAAGAUGGGAAAUAAGAUCAAGAUUGCAAAAUGUCCUUUAAGAAUAAAACAGACUGGACACAUUCUAAGAUCAACACAGAAUUCUUACACUGGGAGUGAAAACGUUUUUCAAAAGAAGUUAAUCAGUUCAGAAUCUUCACAGGCAAGAUCUGAGAAAAGCAGAUUACCGUUUUCACCGUCUCAGGGUUCAUGUCAGCAGCAUGCAGAAAAAGACUGUCUUCAUUUCCCGAAAGAGUCUUCACCUGCAGCCUCUACCGUCCAGAAGAUUAUAAACACCGCAGAUAAAUGCCGAGUGGCUCAACAGAAGCCUUGCAAAACACACGUCAGCGAAAACAUGAACAGCAGCGUGGUGUGUCUAACCCAAGACCAACUACAGCAGAUUUUGAUGAGUGUGAGCCAAGGAAGUGGAUCUGUGUCCCUAGCUGAAAAUGGAACGGAGGAGAAAGCAAGCCAAGACAGUUUCCAGUUGAUCAGUGCCCCUAGCCAGCUGAAGGGUGUGAAUGCCACAGGGUCACUGCAGAAGACGGAGGCCGUCUCACCUGUCUCAGAUGAAGGGAAGUGUGUCCUCAGUAGAGCUCAAGAGGCCCUUCAGCAGUGUGAGCAGAAAAUGGCCAUAGAGAGUGAGUGGAAGCCAGCUGACAUAUUCAGUACUCUGGGGGAACGGGAGCGCGAUAGAAGCUUGUUGGAAGCCAGAAGAGUGCAGUGGAAGAAAGAGCUGGAUGAACAGGUUGCCUUAAAAAAGAAAGAAAAAGAAGCUUCUCAAAAAUGGAAUGAUCCUUGGACAAAAUCUGAACUAGAAUGUGAGAAACUUCACAUCCUUGACCAGGCUAAGGAUGAGGAACAUGACAGAUGGGCAGUGCACUUUGAUUCCUUAAAGACCCAUGCUGGCUCUCAAUCUCAGCUGUCCUGUCAGCGGACACACCAACCCCUGGAGUCCUGUUGUGUCUCUCCUGACACUCAGGAGCUGGCUGAUGUCCACAGUGUUUACACACCUUCACUUGCCAUCCAGCUGGAACCUUCAGAAGAACAGAGAGCCAAACCUGUUACGGAUAUGAGUGUGUCAUACAGUCAGAAAACAAACUUUCUCCGUUCUAUGACUGCGCUCUUGGACCCAGCACAGAUUGAGGAGCGGGAAAAACGCCGGCACAAACAAUUAGAGCAUCAGAAAGCAAUCAUGGCUCAGGUAGAAGAGAACCGCAGGAAGAAGCAACAGGAAGAAGAACAAAGAAAGAAGGAAGAGCAGGAAGAGGAGCAGCGCUUGGCUCGGGAACGGGAGGAGAUGCAGAGGCAAUACGAAGAGGACAUUCUGAAGCAGAAACAGAAAGAAGAAAUCAUGACUCUAAAGACAAAUCAGCUGUUCCACACCAUGCAGCGCGCUCAGGAGUUGGCGCAGAGACUGAAACAGGAGCAGAGGAUCCGAGAACUGACUCAGAAAGGACAUGACACAUCCAGGCUGAUUAAAAAUCUUGGCACAAUAGUGGAUUAUAAGGCGUGCACUACCAUUUCCAGUUCAGGAAGAGAUGCUGAGGAGGCUGCUGAAGAAACCCGUGCAGCUACCCCUUCCACAAACUCUCCCAGGACGGACAUUGGCGUGCAGACAGAUGACUUAAAUUUAGGAAUUUUCAACAAUGAGCUACAACACUGUGGAUCAUUAACAGAAAGGGGCACUAGAAACUUUUCUUCUCCAGAGAUUUCUACAGAAUUUAAUGGACAUACUAGCACUAAAAAAGACAAGCAAGAACUAAGUAUUGCUAAAGGCACUAAUUUAGACAAAGAAACCAGCUGGCAUAAUGGCCAGUGUAAUCAGUACAGAAGAACAGAGAAACAAACAAAACAUAGUAUGAAGAAAUGUCCUAAAAAGCCCGCUUGGAAUAUAAACAAGCCUCUGAAAAGGUAUGUCCCUGCAUCAGCAAGGUACCCCAUCCAUCUCCAAAAGGAGAAAGAAGAAAAAAAGUUAAGAAGGCAGAUGGAGCUGCUUCACUUACUAGAGAGAAAUAACCCUGAGAACCUCUCCCAAAAUAGAGGCCCUUCCCCACAAGUUCUUGCGCCAUCUCAUCGAGAAACUGAGUCAGAGAACAGGUUGCAGCUAAUCAAAAAGGCAGAAGAACCUCUGAAAACUUCAGAUAUUAAAGAAUGGUUCCAGUUAUCAGCAAUAAAGAGUAGAACUCAGCAAACUCAGACUGAUUCAGUACACUCGCCAUUAAAAAAUAGUGACUAUGAAAAAACGAACCUGGCCUUAGGAGACGGUCAAACUCAGCUAUCAGAGGAGAUGUCUGAGACAACUCACUUUAUUCCCUAUGUUCGAACAAAUGAGAUCUAUUAUCUUGAUCCGGAUGCACCUUUGUCUAGGCCAUCAACCCAAGAGAACCAAUACCAAAAAUCUCAUGAUUGUGACCAACAAGAGCUAUUUAACUCUGACCAUAUCAGGGAUCCACUUCUUAAUCCUAAAUUGGUGAAAAACAGGGAUCGACAGCAAGCUAUCCUUAAGGGGCUUUCAGAACUAAGACAGGGUCUUCUCCAGAAACAAAAGGAGCUGGAAACGAAUCUCAUACCCUUAACUGCAAACCAAGAAGAUAAUUUUAGUUCUUCAUUUUAAAUAUGCUUACCACUCAACUGCAUUUUCCAAGCACCCAAUGAAAAACUUCACAUUAUGUAAGAAAAUGCUGUAUUUUUUAAAGACAAUAAAACAACUUAUAGUUUUAAAAAAAUGAUCUCUGUCAUACUAAGACGUAAACUUACUUUCUACUUACCAUACUAGAGAGUCUAGAGACCUCUGACCUGUCAGCAGUGAGGGCGUGAGAAGUACUAUUAUUAACACACUGAGGAUAAACUCUUACUCAAAGCAUUCAAAUUCAUUUCAGAAUCCUGUGGUUUUCUUUUCUAUAAAUUUUGUUUUCAUUGUAUUAAAAGUGGAGAUGCCCCAGUUGUCACAAUAUAGAUUUAUUAACAGUAAGCAAGUGAUGUAAGUUAUAGAAGGGCUUGAAAUUUAUCUCCAUCAUACAAUUUUUGUAUAGAUUUAGUAUAGCACUAAGGUACGUAACUAGUUCUAAUUAAGACCACCUCAAAGAUCUGUUCCAAAUUAUCCAAUACCAUUGAAAACAGAAACUCCAUCUUAAAAAGUUCAUUUGACUAUAGAUCACACGACAGUAUUUAUCAAGGAUCUCAAAAGACUGACAAAAAUUUAAGUGAAGCUAAAUUUUUACACAGCUAAACCUGAACAUUGAGAAAAUGCUACUUGGUAUUGUAGACAUAGGUUUGCUAAAUUGCAAUUGCACUGUUACAUAUAGCUUGAGGUACUGAGCCAAAAUCCUAUAAAUAUUGACACUGCUGGCUUAUACCUGUGUAAAAACACUAUACAAAAGCUUUAAUCAAAAUAAAUAAUUGACAUUUCAGCAAAGUUAUCAUCUGACAUUAAAGAAAAUCAUUUCUAUUUACCAUUCUUUUAUAAACAUCAAAUUUUACAUAUAAAACAGACUUCAUUUUGAAGCCCAAGUACAGGUAACAAAUGUGAAACUGGAAGGUGCCAACAUGAGAUAAUUUGAUUACAGAAUGUCCAAAAAAGGUAUUUAUUUCAUUUUUCAGAUGCUUCGAAUGUUACAGGUCAUCAUGAUUUAAGUAUAUGGGAAGGAAAAAAAUUUCUUAAGUUAGGAAACUUGAAAAACAUCAAUUCACUUUUCAGAAACUGAAAAAAGUCCACAGCCUUUUUUUUUUUUUUGAGUUAUUGUA